CCUCUACUCGUUUAACUAAAACCCUCUAAGACGGCUCAAUCUCUCUUAACUCUUCACAAAAUGGCCACCGUCACUCGCUCUCUCCGCCAUACUCUGACGCGCUCUUUCUGCACCACCACCGUAGCUCCACCACCACCUCAACCCAGCCACCGCAACAACCACCAGCAGACCCACCAAUUCCUGGCCCCAAACUCUUUCCUGGGCAGUUGGGAAGCCCCCAAAAACCCGAAAGAGGCGGAGAAGAAACUGGCUCUCUUGAGAAGACAGUAUGCGAAGCAAGUGAAAGAAACCCGGAAGGUUUACAUUGAAGAGAUGGAGAUGUUGAGGCUCGAAAAGCAGAGAAAAGACGAAGCGAAGAAGGAAGCGCUUAGAUUGGCUAAUGAGGAGCGUAAGAAAUUGAAAGCUGAGGCGGCUAAAGUUCGAGCUGAAGAAAGAAGGAUUGCUUUAGAGGAAUUUCGCCAAGUCCUUUCAAAGGAAAGAGCUGAGAAGCUUGAAAACUGGAGAAUGAAAGAAAAAGCAAGGGUAGAGAAGAAGAAAGAGAAGGAGGAGCUCAUACGCCGACAAAGUUCUGUGUGGGUUGAUGAAAAUAAAUUGGAGAAGAAGAUUCUGGAAGCCAUUAUGGAUACCACACCCCUCUAAUUUUCAUUCUCUUAUCUGGGUUAGCUGUUUGAUAUCUGAAUAUGGCAUUGAAAUAAUUGUCGUUAGCUUAUUU